UUAAAAGUGACCAAGAAGGAAGUUAAAGCAAAAACCUCGUCGGAUAAAAAGCUCCCUGAAGGGGCAAAAAGGAGAUGGCGAAGGAGAAGAAGGAAAUGUCAAGAUUGUCUGUCAUCCUUAUGGGAGAGGAGUGGACAGGAAAGAGCUCAGCUGGAAAUACCAUGCUGGGACAAAGUGUAUUUAAAGUUGACAGUGAUACAGAGCAUGUAACGCAUCACUUCGGUAUCAUUGAGGGUAGAAAUGUGACUGUGGUAGAUACACCCGGAUGGAUUUCAGAAUGUUACCCAGAUGUCCCACUCAAAACUCUGAAGCAAGGACACAAUUCAGUAUCAUUUAUGUGUCAAGGGUUCCACAUCCUGCUUCUCACUAUCCCCAUUUCCCAAGACCAAAAUUGGAACCAAAAACUUGUGCAAAGGCUGUCAAAUGCUCUGAGUCUUUUCAAUGCUGAUAUUUGGAAACACACCAUGCUACUGUUCACCAGAUAUGACCUUCUAGAUUCAAAAGGAUUUGAGCAAUACCUGGAAGGUAAUGGGCAGGCCUUCCAGAGCUUGGUGGAAAAGUGCGAGCAGAGGUACCAUGUGCUCAACAAUCGCAAAUGUAAUGAUCGCAAGCAAGUCAGGGAGCUGAUGGAAAAGAUAGAGCAGAUAGUCCAAGUAAAUGAUGGUCAGUUAUUGCAACUGGUCACAAGUGAACAGAAAGUGGGCACAUUGAGAGAGCAUGAGAUGGAUACACUGAGACACAAUGAGCAGUCAAAGAUGGAGGAACCCAUAAUGGGGGAAAGCUGCUUCAGAUUGGAAGACUACAUGUUUAAAUCCCUGAGACCAGAGGAAAACGAACCACAAAAUCCGACUGAGCUUUUGAGAUCAAAAAGUGAUCUGUCACAUCCAGCUGACAUGCAAGAUGCUGCACUUGAAUACUCCUACAUCCAAAAUGUAUAUACUGAAUCUAGACCCAACCUUUGCUCAGAGAGCCCUGCUGAAAUAAACAGAGGUCUGUCUAGGAGCAGUAGUGAACACAGUGAUCCAGAAGCAAGUCCAAAUAAAAAGAAUACUUGUACAGAAGUAGAGGAAACAUGCAUGGGCAGAGAUGGAGAUGGAGAUAAAGAAAAAAACAAAAAACACAUACAGCAUACAACAUUGCAAAGAGACACUCCUCAUACCUGGGAUGACUUGUGGGACUUGAACAUUACUUGUUCCUUUUAUAAUGUUGUCUCCAAUCAUCAGCAAACUAUUGUGACUUGCGUUCUUCAGAUUUCUGUCUGCUGGAGAAAAAUAAAACCAUCAUGUCAGACAGAUUGGACCUCUUUCACAGUGUAUGGUGAUAAUUGGCUAUUUAUUAUGAUUCUGUACCUGUUUGUGACAUAUUUAAUUCUCAUCUAUAAAUCCUAUGGAGUAUACAAAGAAACCGGUUGUCAGACUAUGAACACACUGGACUCUGGGUUUGUUGAUCACCAGCAAGAACCAGGCAAAGAAAUCCAGGGAGUUUUUCAUUCACUGCUGAGGCACAUUGUCAACAAUAGGCCUAAGAGUUUGGAUGAAGAGAUAACCAAAUGCAGCAAAAUGGAGCAUGUUGAAAAAAUCCCACAACACAGCACCAGAGGUAAUGAAGAACAGAUGAAGCAAAGUGAAGAUGAAGUGCUACUCCAACACAUUCAGAAAGGUGAAGAAGAAGGUGAAGAGCUACACCAUGGUCAGAAAUAUAUUGAAGAUGAUGAGCUACUCCAACACAUUUGCCAAAGUGAAGACGAUAACGAACUUCCCCUACAUGGUAAAAAAGAUGAAGAAGAUGAAGAGCUACUCCUACACAUUCACAAAGAUAAAGAGGAAAACAAAGAGCUACCCCAACCUGUUUACAAACAUGAUGAAAAUGAAGAGCUACCCCAAACCAUUCACAAUGGUGAAGAAGAAGAUGAAGUGCUACUUCAAAACAUUCACAAAGGUGAAGAAAAUGAACAGCUAACCCAACAUAGCCAGAAAUGUAGAGACGAUGAUGAACAGCAAACCCAACAUGAUCAGAAAGUUGAAGAAGAUGAAGAGCUAUAUCAACACAUUCACAAAGGUGAAGAUGAUGAACAGUUAACCCAACAUGUGCAGAAAGGUGAGGAAGAUGAAGAGCUACAUCAACACUUUUACAAGGGUGUAGAAGAACAUGAUGAAGAGCUACUUCAACACAUUUACAAAGGUGAAGACGAUGAACAGCUCACCCAACAUGGCCAAAAAUGUAGAGAUGAUGAACAGCUAACCCAACAUGGGCAGAAAGGUGAGGAAGAUGAAGAGCUACCUCAACAUUUUUACAAAGGUGUAGAAGAACAUGAUGAAGAGCUACUUCAACACAUUCACAAAGGUGAAGAAGAUGAACAGCUAAACCAACAAGGCCAGAAAUGUAGAGAUGAUGAUGAACAGCUAACCCAACAUGGGCAGAAAGGUGAGGAAGAUGAAGAGCUAACACAACAUGGUCAGAAAAUUGAAGAAGAUGAAGCGCUACCUCAACAUUUUUACAAAGGUGUAGAAGAACAUGAUGAAGAGCUACUUAAACACAUUCACAAAGGUGAAGAAGAUGAACAGCUCACCCAACAUGGCCAGAAAUGUAGAGAUGAUGAUGAAGAGCUAACCCAACACAUUUGCCAAGGUGAUGAACAGCUAACCCAACACUUUUACAAAAGUGCAGAAGAACAUGAUGAAGAGCUGCCCUAUGUUCAUAAAUAUGAUAAAGAAGAUGAAGAGGCAUUCCAACCCAUUAGCCAAGGUGACAAAGAUGAACAGCUAAUCCAACAUGGACAGAAAUGUAGAGAAGAUGAUGAACAGCUAACCCAACAUGGGCAGAAAGGUAAAGAAGAUGAAGAACUAACCCAACAUGGUCAAAAAAGUGAAGAUUAUGUGCUACCCCAACAGUUUUACAAAGGUGUAGAAGAACAUGAUGAAGAGCUACCCUAUGUUGAGAAAUAUCAUAAGGAAGAUGAAGAGGUAUUCCAAAACAUUCGCCAAGGUGAAGAAGAGGAAGAGCUACCCCAACACAGUCAGAAAGCCAAAGGUGAAGAGCUAUUCCAACAUAUUCACAAAGAAAAUGAAGAAGAUGAAGAUGAACUACCCCAACAUGGUGAAACAGAGCAACCCCAAAGCUCUGACAAGGGUGAAGAAGAGAAAUCUCCAAAAAUCAAAGGUGUUAAUGAAGUGAUAUCCCAUCUGAGCAAGAGGGGUGAUAAGAAAGAACCACCCCAGCAGGACUAUAAGGAGGAUGAUGAAAAUAUGCUCCAACAAAAAAAGAGGGCUGUUGAUGACCAUACACUCAAACAUAGCAUAAAGGAGGAGGAAAAACAGAUGCUCCAAAAUAACAAAAUAGAUUAUGAAGUGACGGACCAACCGAGAAACACAGAUAAAGGAGAAGAGAAACUUAAACUUAAGAGAACUAGAACUAUGUGUAGGGAUGGAGAAUGGGGACACACCAAGGACAUCAAUAACAAUGCAGACACCAAGGUUGGAGAAGAGAACCCAAACCAGAGACAGCAAGUAGAAAGACGUCAACAGUCUCCCGAGACAAAAGUACCGUCCUCAUCCAGACUAAAUCAUAAAGAUGCUGGAGAAGAGGACACAAGACAUUAUGAAAACAUAAUGAGAAAAAGGAGAAGAACUAAGAGCCUGGAACGAUUUACUGCAUUUACCAGUGCUGUAGAAGAAGAUACAAAACAACAUCGAGAUAUUUUGAAACUUAGGAGAACCAAGAGUCUGGAACGAUUUGAUACAUUUAACAAUGCUGGAGAAGAGGACACAAGACAUUAUGAAAACAUAAUGAGAAAAAGGAGAAGAACUAAGAGCCUGGAAAGAUUGACUGCAUUUACCAGUGCUGGAGAAGAAGAUACAAAACAACAUCGAGAUAUUUUGAAACUUAGGAGAACCAAGAGUCUGGAACGAUUUGAUACAUUUAACACAGAAUGAUGGUCACCAGCAGAUACGGAGAGGCCGUCACCACACUACAGAUCAGCAUGAGCACUGAGAAUGGAGCUUCUACACAUGAUGGAUAUAAUAAUUAUAAUCAUGUUUUAUUCAUUCUGAACUAUUUACAUAUUUUAGCUCAAUCUGCAGUACAAAUAAAUUCAUUUACACCUGUGUGCACAAGUGUUGCAUAGCAUAUUGUACAUAGACACUAUAACGUUCAUUGUGGAAAGCUACUGAAUUCAAGACAUUAAGUGGUAUAUAAAUAUUUAAAUGAUUUCUCACCGCUGACUGAGACCCAGCUUUUCAGUGACUCUCCUCUCUCUGGGUGUUCACAGUGGUAGAAACCUUCAUCUGACUUUGAGACAGUUUGUAUGAUCAUCUCUCCUGUAGUUUGGUUCUGGAGAACUGAUCCAUCUUUAUAGAAAUCAGCUCGGAGGUUUGAGGGAUUUGGGUUGUGAUAUAAACAGCGUAGAGUCAGAGGAUGUCCCUCAGUCACAGGAUGGACAGGACUCUCCAGGAUCACAUCACCAUCUAGAACACAGAAAAUCACUAACAAGGAAAUCCACACACUAUGAUGUGUCUGUAGAUAAUAAAUAAAAGGUAUCAAUCUGUAUAUAACUUAAAACCAUUUAAACCUGUAAAGUCUGGAGGUGUUUAAUUCAAGUCUGCAGAAAUCUGCCUUACUAGUUCAUGAGAAAACAUGCAACUGAAUUAUAGAUACAGUAGUAUAGAUAUAUAUGAAUAUUGAAUACUGAUUUGAAUUUAUACUCAUUUACUGGUACAAAUAAAACUAGAAUAUACUACUAACAUACAUAUUUUCAUUUACUCAGAACACUUUCAUUUUCCUUUAACAUUAAACACACUACAUGAAGACUCACCAUGCACUGUGAUGUUGACAGGAUUACUGUUUUCUCCAGAUUCAGACUCACACCAGUAAACUCCAGUGUAGGAUGUGGAGAAGAAGCUGAUGUUACAUGUAGAUCCUGUAACUGAUCCCCAGUGUGAACAAUCUAACACUCUCUCACUGUGUGUGUAUCGUCUCACUGUCCAUCCAGUAGACUUACUCUGGUCCUCACAGCUCAGUGAGUCUUUAGUAAAGUGUUGAGUUCUGCUGGGAUUGAUGAUCAGAGAGACUGGAGGAGAUUCACCUUAAACAGAAAAAAGCCAUGUAAAUAAAUAUUAAAGUGGAAAUGUGCAAAAAUCUCUCUCCUCUACACAUAUAAACUCC